AUGACUGUAGGAAUAUUUAGUGCAGAAGUUAUAUUUGCUCUUAUUUUAACUACAGUAUUACUUAAUCGUUAUGGGAAUUGGAAAACUCAAAAUAUUGUUGUUACAUUUGCCGUUCUUAUUUCUUGGUAUUUUUCUCUAUUAAUUAUCUUCGUUCUUCCCAUCGAUAUAUCUUUAGCAGCUUAUCGAAAAUGUAUUCAAGAUAAGCCUUAUCAUAACAUCACAAAUUCUAGUCAAGAACCGACCACUUGUAAAACACCAUGGAGUUAUGUGCCAGAAUCUACAUUACCAAACAUGUGGAGAGUUGUUUAUUGGACUUCUCAAUUUUUAACAUGGUUUAUCAUGCCAGUUAUGCAAUAUUAUGUCAAAUCUGGAGAGUUUACACUGAAAGAGAAACUAAAAAAUGCUAUCAAAAGCAAUACACUUUAUUACAGUACAUUAUUAUCAAUUGUUACAAUACUUAUAAUUUACAUUGCUCUUAAACCAGAUGUACAUUUAGAUUGGCAAAAAUUAAAAGCUAUUGCAUCAUCUGCUAGUAAUACAUGGGGAUUGUUUCUUUUAAUAUUAUUACUAGGUAUUGCAUUAGUUGACAUUCCAAGAGAAUUAUGGAGAUCUAGUCAAAUCGAAUAUACAUUAAAAAAAGUAUAUUUUAAACUAUCAAAACUUAAUACAGAAAAAUUAGAAUCUGAAGGUGCUUUAGAAGAUGUUCUUGAAUCUAUAAAAAGUGUAAGUCUCAAUAUAAAUCCAAAUGAUCCACUGUAUGAUUGUUUUCAAAUAAUCUUGAAAAAAGUUCCUGAAGAUCAACGUGAUUUUUUGACAAAUGUAAGAUCAAAUUUAAGGAAUUCUACACCAGCUCCUUCAAUUGGCAUGCUUACUCGACUUCAUAAACAAUUAAUUGUAGCUGUACAUAUGUAUCAACGUACAGAUACUCAAGGAAGUUUAAUGCUAGAAAAAGCUAUUUUUUUGGAAGAUAUAAAUUCGAACAUGUCAUCAAGAGAACAAAAAUUUAAAAAAAUGUUUGAUAAACCUUCAAAACUAAAUAAAUAUGUUGAUACAUCUACAAUUGAAUGGUAUUGGUGGUGUUGUAUACAUCCUAUGAUGCUUAAAAUAUUGUCAGUCAUAACUGGUGUGCUUUCGGUUGUAAUUGUAUGGUCUGAAAUGACAUUUUUUAAAAAACAACCAGUUCUUUCUAUUUUUGCUCUCAUGGUUAAUGUAGCAAAACAAAAUAACGAUUAUGUCAUGAUACAGUUAUUAUCUACAAUAUCAAUUGCUUAUUUAGCAUAUUGUACAUAUUCAACAAUAUUUAAAAUAAAAUUGUUAAAUAUUUACUACCUGGCACCAAACCAUCAAACUACUGAAAGUAGCUUAAUAUUUUUUGGAUUAUUAUUGAGUCGCCUAACAUCUCCAAUGUGUUUAAAUUUUCUUGGACUUAUUCAUAUGGAUAGUCAUGUGAUCAAAAGUCGUAUUCUAGAAACUGAUUAUACACAAAUAAUGGGACAUAUGGAUGUUAUUAAAAUAAUAAGUGAUGGUUUUAAUGUAUACUUUCCUACUCUUAUACUAGCUGUGUGUUUAGCAACUUAUUUUAAUGUCGGAACGAGAAUUUUAUCUAUACUAGGAUUUCCUCAAUUCAUAGAGGAUGAUGAUUUAGUGAGUGAUUAUAUUCAAGAAGGACGUUUAUUAGUUAUCCGAGAAAAAGAAAGACGUGAGCGUAAAUUAAGAGGGAAUGAAAUGCGCCGUAAAUAUAGAGAAAGAUCAUUACCGACUGCAAAUGAUGUUGAAGAAAGAGUUCCACCAUCUCGGAAAGGCAACAUGAAAUCAUAUUUGUUGGAUAAUGCUGAGCCCAUUGAUCGAACUUAUCAAAGUUAUACUAUAAAUAAUACACUUGAAGCAGAUAGACAGCUACCUGAUGUGAGUACUAGACCAACUAGUACGUGGGAACCACCAAGAAAUAUAUUUAGUGAUUUAUAGUAUUAUAAGUAAUAAAAAAAAUUAUGUGUAAUUCAUAAUAA